UCAUUUUCUCAUGAAGAUCCUCCCCUCUUGAUAAGAUAUAAAUGAGCACUGAAACAGGUGCGUUACAUUCACCUCCUGAUCAAAGAUGGAUCUGCAAAUCUCAGUUUUUCUUCUCUUCAUUCUUUUCACUGCAGGACACUCUCUCAGCUGUAAUCUGUGUGCGUCGAGCUCUUGUACACAGCAAACAUGCUCCAGUGGAUCUACCUGCUUCGGUUUAACAUAUGUUGUAAAUACUUCUGUGACUAAAGGUAGAGGUUGUAUUGCAGCAAGUGACUGUAUAAAUGGGUUCGUCAACCUCGGCUAUAUACAGCUUUCUACUUCCUGCUGUAACACAGAACUGUGUAACAGCCAAGAUGCUCCAGAGCCCUCUAACACCCCGAAUGGAAAGAAAUGUUACUAUUGUGAUGUAUCACAGAACUGCACAAAAGUUUUGAGCUGUUCAGGGACUGAAGACCGCUGCAUUAAAGCGAGUGAUGUAAAUCAGACAGCAGUUAUAAAAGGCUGUGCCUCCAAAUCUUAUUGUGAUGCAGCAGCAGCAGUUUAUAACGCUACCCUUGGGAGCUUCUCAUGUUGUGAGGGGAACCUGUGUAACGGUGCUCAGAGUGUCUCCCAGAGCUUCCUGUUCCUCUGCUGUUCUCUGCUCUUCUACUUCCUGCUGCACUGAAUCCAGCAGCUCUUCACAUCCUACAAUCAGACACACUGUACUGAAUAUAGAGCUCAUAUUUUUAUCUGAACUAGAUUUGACCUGGUGUGAGGAAUUUAAAACAUAUAUUAAAUCUGAUUAGUUAAAGGAAACAUAUAUAUACAUUUUAUGAAAUAUUAAAUAAAAUGUAACAAUCACUGAAAUAAAAUUCAAUGAUCACCUUUGCAUUAUAGUUUCUGAGUUUAAUAAAGCUUACAAUGUA